AUGCUCAGGUGUAGGUUAUGGAAAGAUCGGAGCAGUGCGUACGUCUGCGCUUUCUGUCGCCACCCCGCCCUGGCGACACAGCUUUACAUAGGUCGCCGUAGCUAUUCAGACAUACCGAAGCCAACGCCGAAUGCUGGUGGAUUUCCUGGAGGCUGGGGAAGCAGUAGUGGCAUUCCGCGACCUUCCGGUCCGACAGUCAGCUCCGGUUGGGGGAAACCAUCAUUUGGAGGCGAUGCGCCGUUGGCAAACACGAAUGGCUCGGCCACUUCGAACCUUGAUGCCCAACAGACGAAUAACGAGUCGGCCGACGACGGGCUACUGCCUCACGAACGCGCUGCGAAACUGAGAAUAAAGAAGUCGCAACCGACGCCACCGACCCCGCCACCUCAGCCUCUGAAGACUGCAGCGAGCUUCGGGGAAAGCUCGUCACCUCGAGAGGGAACCCGAAGCGGACUGGGUACGGGUCUGAACAAGGCUCGCGUACUGUCCAAAGGCCUCUCGGAAAGGCCGCCCUCCGGCCUUGGUGGUUCAGGGGGACUAGGUGGUCGGGGAUUAGGCCUCGGCAACGAAAGGAAACCUGGACCCCUGCAUCGUUCAAGAGACCUACCAGACAGGAAGCGCGGCGAUGCCAAUGGCUCUCAGUUAGCCGACUGGAGGCACAAAGAACUUGGCAGGAAUCAAUUAGGAGCCGACAAAAAAUCACACAGUACGCCGGUACCGCAUCACCGCCAUGCCGCCAGCAAGGGGCUAGGUAGGCCAUUGCCAGAAAGGCCACAACAAAGCCAGGCAAAGGUCGAGGCCGAAGCUUCAGACAAGCCUGCGGAAUGGGGUUUGCUUGCUAGGAGAGCCAGCCCUCCUCCUUGCGUGGAGGAGUCCUCGCCAUCUCCUCCACCACCUACGAGUGGGUGGAAUGACGAGGCCCCGAAGAAAACUUCGCCUGCCACGAACCCAAUCACCAAAGACACGUUCUUCGCCAAGUUUCAGGAACACAUGGAGAGCAAGCCGAAGCAACCCGCUCGGCGCUCUCUGGAAAUCGAGCCGGACGGAGUUGUCGAGGAAUAUGUUGCGGUAGAUGUGGCCGAAAAUCGCGAGAAUCGCCUAGACGAAUCCUAUGAGAUCGAACGUGAUGCUAGAAAGCGUGAUAAGUCUGGUGCACGUCGUGGAGAUGCUUUCAACUCAUCCCGUGGGAAAAAGUCGUAUGCACAAAAAAGGUGGGAGGAUCAGAACGAGGAAUGGGACGAGACGACCGCCAAGGAGAUUGCUGAACGCCGCCGGCGAAAGGCCGAGGAAAAGGCUCGGAGAAAGGCGGAGGCGGAGGCUGCCGCCGCAUCACAAACCAUCUUUUUGCCCGAAUUCAUCAGCAUCGGUAAUCUGGGAUCGGCGCUCAAGAUGAAACCCAAGUACUUCCUGAGAGCUUUGACGGAAAUGGGCUUCGAGGACAUCACUGAGGAGAGUAUCAUGACGGGAGAGACUGCUUCUCUUGUGGCUAUGGAAUUCGGAUUCGAGGCGACGGUCGACACUGGAGGAGACAGAGACCUGAGGCCUCGUCCGCCACCAGAGGAUAUGUCGGCGCUGCCGCCGCGGCCCCCUGUUGUCACCAUCAUGGGACACGUUGACCACGGCAAGACGACGCUUCUCGACUACCUCAGAAAAUCGUCCGUCGCAGCUCAGGAGCAUGGCGGCAUUACCCAACACAUCGGAGCUUUCAUGGUGAAGAUGUCCUCUGGCAAGCUCAUUACAUUCCUUGAUACGCCCGGUCAUGCUGCGUUCUUGACUAUGCGCCAACGUGGUGCAAACGUCACUGAUAUCGUGGUCUUGGUUGUUGCUGCUGACGAUAGUGUCAAGCCGCAGACCCUGGAGGCUUUAAAGCAUGCCAGGGCAGCAAAGGUGCCAAUCAUCGUGGCUAUCAACAAGAUUGACAAGGAAGAUGCCCGUCCUGACCAAGUCAAGGCGGAUCUUUCUCGUCACGGUGUUGAGAUUGAAGACUUUGGUGGCGAUGUUCAAGUAGUGUGUGUAAGCGGAAAGACCGGCAAAGGCAUGGACGAGCUCGAGGAGAACAUUGGCGCGCUCGCGGAAAUUCAGGAUAUGCGUGCCGAACAAGACGGCAUGGCGGAGGCCUGGGUUCUCGAAGCCAGUGUCAAACCCCACGGAAAGUCUGCGAACAUUCUUGUCAAGCGUGGUACGCUGCGCCCGGGCGACCACAUCGUCGCGGGGACAACGUGGGCCAGAAUCCGUAUGUUGCGAAACGAAGCGGGCCAGGAGCUGAGUGAAGCACCCCCAGGCACACCUGUCGAGGUUCUUGGUUGGAGAGAGCAGCUGCCCGCUGCUGGAGACGAGGUUCUUCAGGCCCCUACCGAAGACCGAGCGAGAACGGCUAUCAGCUACCGCGAAGAAAUGCGUGAGAGAGAGGCAUCGUCGAAACAGCUGGCAGAGCAAGAGCAACGCGAACGUGAGGCAAAGGCCGCCGCAGAGGCACAGGCGGCUGGUGAGGCAGGUGAAGAAGAUGCAGAAGGCUCGACAACCCAGGUCAUCAACUUUGCGGUUAGAGGUGAUGUUGUUGGCUCCGUUGAAGCUGUUUGCGCGACCAUCAACGAGAUUGGAAACAAUGAAGUCAAAGCUCGCAUCCUUUGGUCUGCGGCCGGCCAAGUAUCUGAAACCGAUAUUGAGCAUGCAGCGGCAUCAAACAGCACUGUUGUCAAUUUCAACAGCACUAUCCCGGGCCACAUCAAGGCCAUGGCUGAGGAGAAGGGGGUCAAGCUGAUUGACCAUUCGGUUAUCUAUCACCUAGCGGAUGAUGUCAAGCAGGUCAUGUCAGAACGCUUGGCACCCAAGAUCACCCAGAAGGUGACUGGAGAGGCUGAUAUUCUCCAAGUCUUCCCCAUCAACGUAAAGGGACGGGUGUACAAGAACAUUGCUGGAUGCAGGGUCAGAAACGGAAUGAUUACGCGGUCAAACAGCGUACGCAUCAUUCGCAAGGGAGAGAAGGUCUUUGACGGCAAGGUUGAAACGCUCAAGCAUGGAAAGAAGGACAUGUCCGAGAUCAGGAAGGGUUCCGAAUGUGGUAUCUCCUUCGAUGGUUUCACUGAUUUCCAGGUAGGAGAUCAAAUACAGUGCUACGACGAAGUAAAAGAGAAGCGAAGCUUGUAA